AUGGACAAUGGAAGUUGCUCGAAAGUGAAGAUGGACGAAUGUGGUCGUAAGGUGUGUGUUUCAAAAGAUAUGGAUUAUCAUCAGAUUCAUGAGGAAGGCGUAUUUCGGUUUGAUUGCUCAGUACACGGCAGAGUCUCGUCGUAUCCAAGCUUUUCUUUCCAAAAACAACUGAUACGGGAUAGAACAAUCAAGGACACCACUACAAUCCCCACCUACAUUCCCAAGAGCGAAUGUAGAGACCGAAAACAGAUUGUUCGAAUCAAGCUUCCUCCAAACACGUCCUUCUAUGGAACUGGUGAAGUCAGUGGCCCGCUCGAAAGAACUGGGAAGACAAUUAUCACUUGGAACACCGAUUCCUAUGGAUACACCGAUAAAAAUAUUUCCUUGUAUCAAUCGCACCCAUGGGUUUUGGCUCUCUUUGAUAACGGGAACGCGAUUGGGGUUCUUGCGGAUACAACACGACUUUGUGAGGUUGAUCUGCAAGAGCCGUCGACCAUAAAAUUCGUGUCGGAAUUUCCAUAUCCUGUCAUCACUUUCGGCCCAUUUCCUUCGCCGUCUGCUGUUCUCGCGUCUUUCGCAAGAGCAACUGGAACAAUUUUUAUGCCCUCAAAGUGGGCUUUGGGCUAUCAUCAAUCUCGUUAUAGUUACGAAUCUGCAGAAAGAGUUCUCGAGAUUGCAAAGACAUUCAGGGAGAAACAUAUACCUUGCGACGCCAUCUGGAUGGACAUCGACUACAUGGACGGCUUUCGUUGUUUCACUUUCGACAAGGCACGUUUUUUUCUCACUCCUUCCUUCAUCUACACUCUUCAUGAAAAAGGGUUCAAAGCAAUAUGGAUACUUGAUCCAGGGAUCAAAAAAGAUAAGGGCUACGUUGUGUACGAUUCUGGUACCGAAGACUAUGUGUGGGUUCAAGCUGCAGAUGGAAAGCCUUUUGUUGGAAAGGUGUGGCCUGGAGAUAGCGUAUUUCCGGAUUUCACGCAAGCUCGAGUUCGUGAUUGGUGGGCAGAGCUUGUUAAAGACUUCAUCCCUAAGGGUGUGGAUGGGUUGUGGAAUGAUAUGAAUGAACCUUCUGUAUGGAUGGAGAAUGGAGAAAAAACAAUGCCGAGCGACAAUGUUCAUUGGGGAGAUAAACUUCAGGGAGGAGUUCAGAACCAUCCACACUAUCACAAUGUUUACGGUAUGCUUAUGGCGAAAUCGUCACACAAAGGCAUGAAGCUAGCAAACAAGAAUAAGCGUCCAUUUGUUCUUACUCGAGCUGGAUUUGUGGGUACCCAAAGAUAUGCUGCCACGUGGACAGGCGACAACGUUUCCGAUUGGGACCACCUUAAAAUGAGCAUCCCCAUGGUUCUCAACCUGGGGCUGAGUGGUCAGCCAUUCUCGGGGCCUGACAUCGGUGGAUUUAUAGGCAAUGCUACACCUGAACUGUUUGCAAGGUGGAUGGGCAUAGGCUCUAUGCUUCCUUUUUGCCGUGCACAUUCGAAUAAGAACACAAAAAAUCACGAACCAUGGUCUUUUGGAGAUAGGGUCGAAGAAAUUUGUCGACUGGCAUUGCGAAGGCGUUAUCGGAUUUUACCCUUGUUGUACACUCUGUUUUACGUGGCCCAUAAAAGGGGCAUUCCGGUGGCAACUCCUACGUUUUUUGCCGAUCCUAAGCUUACAUCACAAGAAAACGCGUUCAUGUUGGGACCGCUUCUCAUAUAUACCAGCACUAACAAAGAGAACAAUGUUGGAGAAAUCCCUGUGUUGCCUGAAGGCAGUAUUUGGCGGGAAUUUAAUUUCGAAGAUUAUCGCCCAGAAUUGCCGCGGUUAUUUUUAAAAGGUGGAUCGAUCAUACCAGUGGCUCCUCCACACGAGUCUGUUUCCGACGCUAAACCUACUGAUGAUUUGACACUCAUAGUGUCCAUAGAUGAUGACCAAGGUAACGCUGAAGGGAUCCUUUUCGAAGAUGAUGGCGAUGGGUAUAAAUACACUAAAGGAGGGUAUCUACUGACAACUUAUGUGGCUACACAAGAGGGUUCCUUUGUUACUCUUAAGGUUUCGAAAACUGAAGGAUCUUGGCCGAGGCCCAAACGCCGCCUGCAUGUCCAAGUACUGCUUAACGACUGCAAAAAGGCUGAGGCUUCGGGUACUGAUGGAGAGGAGGUGAUAGUACCGUUGCCUGUCGACCAAAGCGAGCCUGACCAAUCUGGCGACGAAAGUGAGUCUGACCAAUCGGGCGACGAAAGUGAGUCUGACCAAUCGGGAGACGAAAGUCAGUCUGACCAAUUGGAUAAAGGUUGUGACAUUGGUGAGGAGAGCCCCAAGCCUGGAGAAUGCCAGCUCUGA